GCGCCUGGGCCUCGCUCCGCGGCCAUUAGCCUCCGCCCCUCGUCCCGUCCCUCAUCUCCCUCCUCGCGGAGCUCCCGCAGGAUUCGUUCGCCUCAGAGCCGCCGACGGGUCGAGAGAAAGAGCCGCGCGCGAGAACCGGGGAGGCAGGCUGUAACGAUGCUGAGUUUCUUUCGACGAACACUUGGGCGCAGGUCUAUGCGCAAACAUGCUGAGAAGGAGAGACUAAGAGAGGCUCAACGAGCGGCAACACACAUCCCUGCAGCUGGAGAUGAGAAGUCUAUAAUUACAUGCCGAGUCUCAUUGCUGGAUGGGACUGAUGUCAGUGUGGACUUACCGAAAAAAGCCAAAGGACAGCAUCUGUUUGAGCAGAUCAUGUACCAUCUGGACCUCAUUGAAAGUGACUACUUUGGCCUACGGUUCAUGGAUUCAGCACAAGUGGCACACUGGUUGGACAACACAAAGAGUAUUAAAAAACAAGUUAAAAUUGGCCCACCAUACUGUCUGCAUCUUCGUGUAAAAUUUUACUCGUCAGAGCCAAACAACCUACGUGAAGAACUCACAAGGUAUUUAUUUGUUCUUCAGCUAAAACAGGACAUUCUCAGUGGGAAGUUGGAAUGUCCCUUUGAAACAGCAGUGCAGUUAGCAGCUUACAUGUUACAGGCUGAACUUGGUGACUAUGACCCUGCUGAGCAUGUCCCUGACAUCGUGUCAGAAUUCAGAUUUGUGCCCAACCAAACUGAAGAGAUGGAACUGGCUAUUUUUGAUAAGUGGAAAGAAUACAGGGGCCAAACACCUGCUCAGGCAGAAACAAAUUAUUUGAACAAAGCAAAAUGGCUGGAAAUGUAUGGAGUAGACAUGCAUAUAGUCAAGGCAAGAGAUGGCAAUGAUUAUAGCCUUGGACUUACACCAACAGGAGUUCUUGUGUUUGAAGGAGAAACCAAGAUUGGAUUGUUUUUCUGGCCAAAAAUCACGAGACUGGACUUCAAAAAGAAUAAGUUAACACUUGUGGUGGUUGAAGAUGAUGAACAGGGCAAAGAACAGGAGCACACUUUUGUCUUUAGGCUGGAUCACCCAAAGGCCUGCAAACACCUGUGGAAAUGUGCAGUUGAGCAUCAUGCCUUCUUCCGCCUCCGUGGACCUGUCCAAAAAGGUUCGAGUCGAUCAGGUUUCAUUCGUCUGGGGUCACGGUUCAGAUACAGUGGGAAAACAGAAUACCAAACAACAAAGACCAACAAAGCCAGAAGGUCAGCAUCAUUUGAAAGAAGGCCCAGCAAGCGCUAUUCAAGGAGGACACUGCAAAUGAGAGCAAACACUACUAAACCGGAAGAAACUAGCCUUCCAAAUAAUAUUUUCAGCCAAAAUAAUGGAUCACAGCAAAACUGGAGUACUAUGACAGCCCUGCCCCCAAUAACGGCAGUUCCUUCUGGUCCAGUCUUAGUUGAAAUAGAAAAUCUCCCAAGGAGUCCUGGAACUAGCCUGCAAAACAAGAAAUGUGUGCCUGUGAAUGUUGACUUGGAUAACAAAGAAUUAAUGGGAACUUGUAUUGACAAUGCUGCUGGGUUUUCUCCUCCUGGAGGAUCAACUGAGGCUCUGGAAGAGACAGACAGUUCUUUCUCUGCUCAUGGCAAGAAGGAGCCUACUUCUGAGAAGACAGAUCCUAUUGUAGUUGAGGAUACAUCACUGAAACUGAAACAGCUGGAAGCGGAGCUCAAUUCAGUGCUAGUUCCCGAGUCCAACAUAAACAUCAAUGUCAACAAACAGGAAGAGGUAGUGAAGCUGACAGAGAAGUGCCUCAACAAUGCAGUUGAGAGCCCAAUGAGUGCCUCCCUGCGGCUGCCACCAGACAUCAAAAGCAACAUUUUGAAAGCCCAGGCAGAGGCAGUGCACAAGGUUACAAGGGAGGAUAGCAUGUCAAGCAACAAAAACACUAACGUUCAAGAUGCUGCUGCCAGGGCCGUUCUUCCCUCAGGAAGAGUUCAGAACAGCUCCCUGCGAGCCCACAGCCCAAUGUUCCAGGAGCCAAGAGAAGGGCUGAAAGAAACCCCAGUCUCAAAUGCCUUCAUUCUGAAUGAAUUCAACGAGGAUACUGCUGCCUCUAGCCUUGAGGAUUCUUUGAGCCCCCCUAACCUGGCUUCUGUAGAAGAGGCUGCUGUUGUAAAGAACCCUCAAGAGGACGUGGAGAUUUUGUUAACAUCACAGACAGAUAAUUUAAUUGACUUUUCAGAAGCCAUGCCUCGGGUAUCUUCUCCAUCAACGGUUAUGCCCAGGUGGUUAGUGCCAAGUGGUCUGGUUUCCAAUGGGCCUUUAGGGAAUGAUGUUUCCUUGGCUCUUCAGGGAGUGAGAGGCAGCACUGAGGCAAUGUCAGUCUUGGCUGGCUCCCCACCUCCACUGUACUCACCUGACACCAUGCCCAGUCCAGUUGCUGAAGAUGCUGCAACAAGACCAAAGUGUUUACUUACCACUGAACUCUGAGCUUGACAAGUCUCAUCUUCUGAGCAUUUUCAGUGAGCUCCUGGAAAAGAGGUUCCUGGAAUUGACCCAUGCACAGACCAUGGUUAAAAAGAAAUGCCUGGCUUUUUUAUAGUAGAUCCUUUCAACUGGAAUUAGAAUAUGACUAUAGGACGAAGAGCUGCUGGGAAGCCCGAGUAUCUCUUGAAAACUACACUGAAACAAGUUCUGACAUGUAAUGAAAUUUCUGAGGUUUCCAUCCAUAUAUGUGCUUUUGUUUAUAGAACCUUUGUAGAAAGUGGUUGCUGCAGUGAGCCAGCAAGCUCGAUCUGGCUCUGUACAUUUUUAUGGGGGGGAUUAGAGCUUCUAAGGCCACCUGCUGGGUUUUGGUGUAAAAGCAAAUAGUAGUAGUAUCUUUAUACAUCAACCUCUUUUCUAUGUGACCGCCCCUCCGAUCUUCCUUUCUACUGAUACCUGUCAAACAUUCUUGGCCUUAAUCCACUUUCUAGACUCUGCACUUUUUUCACAAUGUAUGGAAGGAACUGAAAAUGCAGCACCCGGUAGCCAUUUAUCCCACUGGCAGGCUUUGCUCUCUUUAGCUGGGGUGAUGAAGCAUUUUUAUACCCAAUGCUGUCGGGCUGCCAUCGUCUGUGGGUGGGAUACCUUUUGGUCUAUUCUGUACAAAAUGUCUCAACUUAAAGAUUAAGGGAAAUUUACUUUGGACCCUUCCAUGAGCGACUGUUGGAAAAGUUCAUAGACUUUCAUGGAAUGAAUCUGAACUUACUAAAAUUGGUUUGAGAAUCGAUGACUGAUUUCUCUACUACAAGUGCAUGUUAAUUAGCUACUGUCCUUUUCCUUUGCUUUCCACUUUAAACCAUUUUUUCAGCUGUGAUAAGUGAGACUGCACUUGGAAUGUGUUUGUGCAAGACUGAAAAAUCCAGAAGCAAAACAUGCCAACAGCCCAGCCUACCUUCUUUAAAUUAAACCUGUGAUUCAGGGAAAUCACCUCUGUCUACAAAAAAAGUGCUUAUUUGUGGAUCAAUGGUGAAACCAAUUUCACCACAAACUCAGGAAGGAUGCUUUUUGUUAGCUAACUGAAUCCCAAAUUUAAUUCAUACUUAACAUUUUUAUUUGUAAUCUGAUUCAUCCUAUCUGCGUUGAGGCAGAACAAUAUACUGGUCAGUUCUGUGGUUGAAGUUUUAGAACUAACCCAUUUCAUCUGCACAUUUUCAAGGACAGGAAAGUUACAGAAUGCAUUAAGUUUGAUUACUUACAUUGUUCUACUUGUGAAAGCAGCUUCGGAGGAUAUAAGCGUUAUGAAGCAGGUCCCCUUGAAACAUGAUUUAUUAACAUGUCUAUUUCAAGAAACCAUUUACAUGGAUGGGAGAAAAAAAUAUUCAGAUGGAAGAAACUUGUGUGAUAUGAAAUCCAAAUGAACUGUGAAAAAGAAAACUAUGAAAGAACUGCCUUUAUUAAGGUAUGUAAACUUGAAUUUUGUGACAAAGCUUAAAAAAAAACCUGACAUUUUUGUAGUUUCUUCUACAAUGGUGGGGGGGGGGGAGUGAGGAACCAAUCCACUCUGGGAACAGCUUGUUCCCUCUUGUCUUUCCUCGCUUCUUAAAUGGCUACUGCUACUUGUGAAAUAAGAACAGCUGCUGUGCUUUUUUGUAGCUUUGUAAGGAGUCGGGUUUCUGUAUCAAGUAGGCUCUGCUGGGGGAAUCAGCAAGGUAGAUCUGCCAGUAGCUGAGCUUUUAACUGCAAGAUUCCCCAGGUUACCAGAGCUCAAUGGUGUUUUGCUUUUGAAGCAGUUUUGGUAGUUUGUUCAAGACUGCCAAUGUUCAGAGAGACUCCUCAGAUAUUUUUUCAGGGUGGAGAUAAAACCUUAAUUGCUUGAUGAAUCUCAUCAAAACUUUAGAAGACUACAGGCAUAGCAUUAUUUUUGGUGCUGAGUUCUUCAUUUUCAGACACUGGGUUGCACAAGAUGUACGAAAGCACCAGUUGCUGUUUGACUGCUAACCAAAUUGCUAGCUUCAUUUCCUUAAUUUACCUGUAUUAGGGCAAAAUUAGCCAGUUUGUGGAAUGUUAUAUGUAGACUUUUAGACAAUGGUAAGUUUAAAAAGUUAUAUGGUUGUUAAUUGAUGGUCUGAUGUAAGCCCAGGGCAUUCAGGUAAAUGAUCAGUUGGAAGAAACGUCUGCUAUCAGCCCUGAUAUUCUGAAAUUCUGAAUUAUUAGGAAGUGUUUUAAGUAAUCUUGGCCAAUAUUGCAAUUCAAUAUAUUUAAAUAAAUAGCCAAGUUCAUUUGUUACUUUGACUGAUGAAGGAAUAUUUUGUAAGUAAUGGUCUCCUCACCUGUGUUGAUGUUUAACAGUAAACUCAAAGUGUUUAAGUAGGCAGUAUCUGACCCAUGGAAAUGGCAUGUGGAAUAUAGCCUUUUCCCCUGUUAGAUUAGUCAUGAAAUGAUAUUGGUAAUUCCUUGGAGGAAUUGCACAAACAGAGUAGUACACUUCAAGCAAGUGACCUUGCUUAUUGUCUAGUAACUGUUUCAUGUAGCCAAACUAUCACAGUAAGGUCAGCAGAACAAAACUAUUUCCAAAAAUGCAAUACCUAUCAACAGAGGUGAGGAUUAGGCUUAAUCACCUGAUCACCACCUCUGUUUAGCAGAUCAUUUAGCUACAAUGUCAGGUUUAGGGGGUUGAUUGACUCUGUUGCAGUGUACUUUGCAGGUUAUUAUUACCUGAAGUCAGGAGGGUUAUGACAGACAAGAAAGUAGGCACAGUGAGAAAUGCUUCAAAACAAGCCUUUCCAUUCUCAGUGCAUGCAAAACUGAACUUUUGUUUACAGCAGAGGUAGCUACAACUUAAGUAGCUAAAUUGUCCAAACACACUUAGGUUCAGUUCAUAUACAUGUGUCCACCCUGUUUGUAUACCGAAGAACUACCUGGAAGUCUUUCCUCCAGUUUGUGAAUAAUGUAUGAAAUAGGCACUGUAGAUGCAAGGUUCAUACCUGCAGGAACCCAGCUGAGAGGUGUGCAAGUCAGCCCUUCAGCACACAGCAACAGCGAGUCUCUUUGUGUGCUCCACUAGGCACAUUAUGUAACAUACAGAGACUCGCUGCUCAGAAAUUGUAUGCAUCAGGACUUAGGUUUCUCUGCUGAUGAAGACUGAAAUGCUUGGAUCUCAUGUUUGAACACUGAACAUCAGCAACUGAUCUAGAGCAAAAUGUUCACCUAUUUUUUGUGAAAUUAACAAAAGUUGGGAAAGAUAGGCCUUCCACAUGCAUCAAAGUGGAACAAGGGGCAUUGUGGUAUCAUACUUUCAGUAUGUUAAGUAUUUUAUUUACUAAUUCUUUUAUUCUUACUUCUUUCCAUUAACUGGACAAACUUACUUAAAAGUAUGUAAUAAUAAUGGUGUAUUUUGUUUAAAAAACAACCACACCCACUAACUGCUGUAUUUGUAAUCUUCAAAAAAAUGUAGAGCUUGAUGGUAGCUCUAAGUAUAACUUAUUUUUUUAAGUGUUGUGUGAGUAUAUAUAAAUUCAAGGUGCACUGUGUUUCAUGACAGAUCCAUAAAAUGUGUUGCAAUAACCACACUGAGCAUCUGUAUAUGGGAACAAGAACUGUGAUUUGUGGUCCACUUGGAAUCCAUCACAAAUGGAUGAUGUUGUAGUUUAUUUCUAAAUAUAACACAACUGUGCAAAAUGGCUGCCUUGAAGUAUUCUCAUUCCAGAACAAAAACAACAACAUAGCAAGACCAGAAAUUUGUCCACACAUUACAAAAUGCAGGCAAAAUCUCCUGCUUUCUCGAGUUUCUGUCUGUAGUGAAAA